AUGGUAUUUAUUGCCACAAAUAAUUUCCAAGAAGUAAAAGAAUCAAUACUUUUAGAUAGUGAUUAUAAUCAAAAAACUCAAACAGUCAAGAUUUCCAAAGUAAUAGUACAUCAAUCUCCACCUUCUUCUUCAUUGUCACCCUCAUUGAUAGUGACAAGUACACAACACAAUUCAUCAAGAAUCAGAAAUAUUUACAUAAAAUUCAAUGAUAAUGGACUUGGAGCAAAAUUCGCUGUAUUUUAUAGAUCAAACCAACAACUACUACCUACUACUAGCAUAUGUUGA